AUGACCCGAGAUAUCCUCAUCGUUGGAGCUACCGGCCAACAAGGCAGAGCCACCAUCGACGCCAUCUACAAGACCCUCAAUGCCUCUCAACAUCAAAUUCGAGUUCUGGCUCUGACGAGAUCCAUCUCAUCGCCCAAGUCUCAAGCCCUUCAGUCAACUUACCCAGACAUUGUGCUGGUACAAGGCGAGACUCAAAAUCCAGAGCCAAUAUUUACAGCCUAUCCAUCAAUCGCAUCAAUCUUUCUCGUCACAGUUCCACCCAAUGACGAGGCCCAAGCCCUCCCUCUCAUAGAAGCAGCCACAGCGCACUCAACAGUCGACCACAUCGUAUUCACAAGUGUUGACCGCGGCGGCGACAUUGUGAGCUGGUCCCAACCGACAGAGGUACCUCACUUUGCAGCAAAGCAUCGCAUCGAACUCCGGCUGCGUCAACUGUGCCAAGAGUCGGGCAAGAGGUGGACCAUCCUAAGGCCGACGGGCUUCAUGGAUAGCUACAACCCUGGCUUCUUUGGCCAGCUCAUGGCGUCACUCUGGGCUGCUGGAAUGCCCGCAGACCGCAAGAUGCAAAUGAUUAGUACCCACGACAUUGGAAUCUUUGCCGCCAAGGCGCUCCUGGACCCUGAAGCGUGGGCAGCCAAGGCCAUUGCCCUGGCAGGCGAUGAACUGGACUUUUCCGAACUUCAGGACGUGUUUAAGAGGACAGUAGGAGAACCCCUCCCUCAGACUUAUAGAGCAGUUUCAUAUCCUGUCUUGUGGAUGGUGAGCGAUGCCUCAAAGAGUUUCGAGUGGUUUAGGACGGCGGGAUGGGAUGCGGAUAUAGCCUCGUUGCGAGAGCAGGAAUCUGGCCUGCAGACAUUUGAAAAAUGGCUUCGAGAGUCAAGUAGAUGGACAUGCGUUGACGUAGCGAAAUAG